UUGCCGCUAACUUCACGCCUUUGCACAAAUGCUCCAUUUUUUUGUUAGGUUAAUUGGGUUGUUUGUCAUUGGGCAAAACACCCGCACAGAACAUACCGCGGGGGGAUAUUUUGUGAACACCCGUAGCAUAUAUACAGUACAUAGAUUAUGCAGUUUUCUCUUGGAUUAUUAAUCUAACAUUCCUGAAAACUGAACAGUGACCUGAAAAAAUGGCGAGAAUUCAAGCUGAGGGUAGAGAAGAACCACCAAGUCAGGAAUCCAUCCCAGAAAUCGAUCAAGAUCAAAGCCAAUUAUCGAAGUCUUUAGAAGAGCUUUCUGUGGACACCAAGCCGAGUACCAGUGCUGAAACACCUAAGAAAACUUCCAAUAAUGAGGAGGAACUUGUCAUGUCUACCCCAGUUGGAAAAGGUCGUGCCAGUACUGAAACCCCAAGUCCGAAAGUGAUCAUAAAGCCAGCUCCGGUACCCCUUAAAGAUAACCAGGAGUACCUAAAGGACUUUGAUAUUUUUGAGAAACGCGAUGGUAGUCCAGUUAUUACGCAGUACAAUCUGCCGAACAGCGAUGUGAUGGAACGCAUUGUCCUGGUUAUUGAUAGGGCGCAGGAUGAAAACUAUACGCCAUUUGUUAUAGGAAGCCAAAAGUAUACACCUUUGAGCAUGGUUAAAAGAGCAAUAAGUAUUUUCAUCAAACUAAAGUUGGCCGUUAAUCCAAAUCACGAGUUUGCGAUUAUUGUUAUGAAUGAGAACAACGCAACAUUGCUCCUGGAGUUAACCAACGAUGUUAAGAAACUAUUGGACUGUUUAAAUCAGAUUAACGAAUGCAUAACCGAAGACAUUUUCGAUUUAAACAAAGUUUUUGAAAUUAUAGAAGGUGUCGAAAUCCCGACUCCUCAAGCACUCGGACUGCCACCCCCUUUCGUAUUGAGAACAGUACUGUUUUAUGGAAGAUCGUAUACCUUGCCACAAAUCACACACACUGAGAAAUUAGACGAGUUUUUGAAUAACCCCUUUUUUAUUCUGGACAUUUUGAUGACUCACGAGCCCCUAGAAACCAGCAACCACUGCCAGAAAAUAUUCGACAUUUUGCAGAAUAUUGAUAAAAAAGGAAUUUCGUAUUUUUUCCCAGUCUGUCGGGAUUUGAGGAGAGUUCACCGGUGUAUGGGAAAAUUAUUAGGACAUCCACUACAACGACCUAUUCAAAAGCUCGUAAAAAACUAAUGCGGCUUAUUGAGUCAAUGUAAGUGUUUCAAGGGAUGCCGUUUUGCUUUGAGAAUUUUCCCAGCAAACUUUUGGGAGUUUGUGAGUACAUAUAACUUUUUAUAAUUAAAUUUAGUACGUUUACUUUAUAUUAUUUCUGCAUUAUAUUUCAUGAUUUUAA